AUGGUGUUUCAAAGAAAAGAGGAGCAAGUCGCUGUGGAUGAUGAUGAGAAGCAGGACCCCAGUCAAGAGGGAACUCAAAGGAACAGUGUAGUCACACACAGAGAGCUCCACACCCAACCCCUGAAUAAUGCCUCCUGUGGUUGUGUCUGUAAAGACAAAGGCCAGUGCUUCUGUGAUGGGAUCAAAGGGGAGAAGACAUUGAAAUCCUCAGACUUCGAGUCCUGCGACGCUGGUGCAGCGCGCCCCCUGGUGAGGGAAUCCUGCCGCCGCACGCUGGUUGAAGCCAAAAUUCAGCACGAGGAAGUACAGGGGGAGAAAGGCUUUCCCGGACCCGCUGGUUCUCCUGGCCAGAAGGGAUUCCCAGGUCCCGAAGGCUUGCCUGGACCACAGGGACCCAAGGGCUUACCAGGACUCCCAGGACUCACCGGUCCCAAAGGUGGAAGGGGAAUAACUGGAUUGCCAGGAUUCUCGGGUCCUCCUGGACUUCCAGGCGCCCCGGGCCAUCCUGGACCGUAUGGACCCGCUGGGGUUCCAGGAUGCAAUGGUUCUAAGGGUGAGCGAGGGUUUCCUGGCCUUCCGGGGACACCAGGCUACCCAGGGAUCCCGGGUGCUGUUGGUUUGAAAGGAGAAAAGGGUGCUCCUGCUGCGGAAGGUAUAGAACUCGAUGGAAAAGGUGACCCCGGGUUGCCAGGAGCUCCAGGAUUACAGGGCUUACCAGGCCUCCCAGGUUUUCCUGGACCUGUUGGUCCACCUGGCCCUCCGGGGCUCUUUGGCUUCCCAGGAAUGACGGGACUUCCAGGACCCAAGGGUCACAUGGGCGAUAAUGUGAUAGGACCAAAAGGAGAGCGGGGUGCGAAAGGAUUAACAGGACCCCCUGGACCACCAGGAACAGUUAUUGUGACCCUGACCGGCCCAGAUAACAGAACGGACCUCAAGGGAGAGAAGGGAGACAAGGGAGCCCUGGGGAAAUCUGGACCUCCUGGACCCUCAGGACCACCUGGGGAAUCUUAUGGAUCUGAGAAAGGUGCUCCUGGAGAGCCUGGCCCACAGGGAAAACCUGGAAAAGAUGGUGCCCCUGGGUUCCCUGGCACUGAGGGAGCCAAAGGCAGCAAGGGCUUGCCAGGGUUACCAGGUGAAGACGGCUUUAAGGGCUGGAAAGGGGACAUUGGCCCUCCAGGAUUUCGUGGUCCAACAGAAUAUUAUGAUGCAUACCAGGAAAAGGGGGAUACAGGAAUCCCAGGCCCACCAGGCCCCAAAGGAGCUCGUGGUCCACAGGGUGCCUGUGGUCCUCCUGGAGCCCCUGGAAGUGCUGGGUCAUCAAAGCCUGGUCUCAGAGGCUUCCCUGGAUUCCCAGGUGUGAAAGGAAGCAAAGGGGAGCGAGGACCCCCGGGCAAAAGUGCAGUGGGGCCCCCUGGGGCCCCAGGCUGUCCUGGUGCACCAGGUCCCAUGGGGCUGCCGGGAUACCCAGGACCACCAGGUGACAUCAUUUUCCGCAAAGGUCCACCUGGAGGUAGAGGACUUCCAGGCCAUAUAGGGUUACCAGGCAUCCCAGGAGUUGAUGGGCCCAAAGGAGAACCGGGCCUCUUGUGCAUCCAGUGUCCAUAUGUCCCAGGGCCUCCUGGCCUCCCAGGAUUGCCGGGGUUAGACGGCAGAAAAGGAAUCCCAGGCAGUCAAGGGCCAGCUGGCACAAAAGGAAGCCCAGGGUCCCCAGGAAGUGCGGGUCUCCCCGGAUAUCCAGGGUUCCCGGGUGCUCAAGGAGAUCCAGGACUUAAAGGAGAAAAAGGGGAAGCAUCUCAACCUGUUGGACAAGUGGGUGCCCCAGGGGACCCUGGGCUCAGAGGGCAUCCUGGAAGAAGAGGCUUGGAUGGAUUUCCUGGAACCCCCGGAGUAAAAGGAUUACCAGGACCUAAAGGGGAGCCGGCCCUGAGUGGUGAGAAGGGAGCCCGGGGUCCUCCAGGGGAUCCUGGCACCCCUGGGCCCCCGGGACCUGCAGGACCACCUGGACCACCGAACUAUGGACCGCAGGGAGAGCCUGGUCCAAAGGGUACCCAAGGAAUUCCUGGAGCCCCGGGACCACCUGGAGAAGCCGGUCCUAAGGGAGAAUUCAGUGUUUCGAUGCCAGUCCCAGGGCCCCCAGGACCUCCAGGGCCCCCUGGCCGUGCUGGCCCCCAAGGCCCGCCUGGUGUCCCUGGAUCCAUGGGAAAAUGUGAUCGAGGUCUUCCGGGACCUGAUGGUGAACCAGGAAUUCCAGGAAUUGGCUUCCCUGGGCCCCCAGGACCUAAGGGAGAUCAAGGUUUUCCAGGAGCAAAAGGACCACCAGGUUGUCCAGGAGAAAUGGGGAAGCCUGGGUCACCCGGAGAACCAGGUCUCCCUGGAGCCAAGGGAGAGCCAGGACUAGCCUUGCCUGGAGAACCAGGAACGCCAGGUUUUCCAGGAGAAAGAGGCAAUUCUGGGGAAAAUGGAGAAAUUGGACUCCCUGGACAUCCAGGUCUCCCUGGAAUUCCAGGAACCAGAGGGCUUGAUGGACCACAAGGGGAUCCAGGGAAGCCUGGACCACCUGGAGAAAAAGGACCCACAGGGAGGUGCAUGGAGGGUCCCAGAGGAGCCCAAGGACUUCCAGGAUUAAAUGGAUUGGAAGGGCAACAAGGCAGAAGAGGUAAAACAGGGCCAAAGGGAGACCCAGGUAUUCCAGGCUUGGAUAGGUCAGGCUUUCCUGGGGAACCCGGACCACCCGGAAUGCCAGGUCAGCGAGGUGAGAUGGGACCACCUGGUCGAAAAGGAUAUCCAGGAAAUCCAGGAUUUUUAGGACCACCAGGUGAAAAAGGAUCGACAGGGAUGAUGGGCUAUCCGGGAAUCAUUGGUCUUCCGGGGCCUCCCGGGAAGCCAGGCACCCUGGGACAGAGGGGUGGCUUUGGAAUCCCAGGAGCAAAGGGAGAGAAAGGGCCCCCAGGAGCCAAGGGGGAAGAAGGAGACAAAGGACCCCCAGGGCCUUCUGGAAUAUCACACUUAGUGGGGGACAAAGGAGAGCCAGGCCUCAAAGGAUUUGCAGGGAGGCGGGGUGAGAAAGGGAACAGUGGCAUUCCAGGGCCGCCAGGUUUAAAAGGACUCCAAGGGCCACCUGGACCACCGGGACCACCAGGCCCCAAAGGAGACCCAGGCAGCAUUGGGAGUCCUGGAGAACCAGGCCCACGUGGUGUGCCGGGAAGCAUCGGCCACAUGGGGAUGCCGGGCCCUAAAGGACACAGGGGAGCUUUGGGACUACCGGGUUUAACUGGAAGGCCAGGCCUCCCGGGUGUUCACGGUCCCCAGGGAGAGAAAGGAGAGCCUGGUUAUUCGGCAGGUGCAAGGCCAGGACCACCGGGACCUCAGGGAGAUCCAGGAUUGCCGGGCGACAUGGGAAGGAAAGGAGAAAGAGGGGCACCUGGAGCACCUGGACAUUCGGGGCCGGCUGGACCUGAGGGAGCCCCUGGAAGCCCCGGAAGUCCCGGCCACCCAGGAAAGCCCGGCCCUCAUGGUGAUUUGGGGUUAAAAGGCAUCAAAGGCUUCCCUGGUCCUCCAGGUGUAAAAGGCCCUCCAGGACCUCCAGGAUUCCCAGGACCUCCUGGGCCAAUGGGGAUGAGAGGCGACCAGGGACGUGAUGGAAUCCCUGGUCCGGCAGGAGAAAAGGGAGAAACAGGUUUGCUGGGGGUGCUUCCAGGCCCCAGAGGGAGCCCUGGGGUUCCAGGAGCCAAAGGAGAUAGGGGAGCCCCCGGCCUCCCUGGCCUCCCCGGCAGGAAAGGGAUGGUGGGAGAUGCCGGGCCGAGGGGACCCACCGGUGUAACGGGACUCCCAGGGUCACCGGGUUUUCCUGGCACAGUCAUCCCUGGCCAGAAAGGAAAUCGAGGUCCACCAGGCUUCAGAGGAAACCCAGGCAAGCCUGGUCCUCCGGGACCUCCAGCGAGUCACGUAAGAGGCGCGAAAGGAGACAAGGGGCUUCUGGGCGAGCCUGGCCCCAGAGGUCCACCCGGAACCGUGGGAGACGAGGGGCCCCCGGGUCAGCCGGGAGUACCAGGUACCCCAGGUCUGCCAGGGCUCAGAGGUGAUCCUGGAUUCCAGGGAUUUCCAGGCGUUAAAGGGGAGAAAGGUCAUCCAGGAUUUCUGGGACCAGUUGGACCUCCAGGGCAAAUGGGGCCAAAAGGACCACCUGGUGCACGUGGAGAACCCGGCAUAGUUAAGAUCAUCUCCCUUCCAGGAAGCCCAGGGCCACCUGGCCCUGUUGGAGAACCAGGGAUGCAAGGAGAUCCUGGGCCACCGGGGCCACCGGGAAUCCUAGGACCUUGUGGGCCAAGAGGUAAACCAGGCAAGGAUGGAAGACCGGGAACUCCUGGGCCAAUUGGGGAAAAAGGCAACAAAGGCUGUAAAGGAGAGCCAGGACCUCCUGGAUUGGAUGGCCUGCCAGGCUUGAAGGGGAAACCUGGAGAUAUUGGACCACCCACAACUCCAACAACCAUGAGAGGCUUUAUCUUCACCAGGCACAGUCAGACCACAGCAAUCCCUUCCUGCCCAGAAGGGACACAGCCUCUCUAUAGUGGGUUCUCGCUUCUUUUUGUACAAGGAAAUGAACAAGCCCAUGGACAAGACCUGGGAACCCUUGGCAGCUGCCUGCAGCGGUUUACCACAAUGCCAUUCUUGUUCUGUAACAUCAACGAUAUAUGUAAUUUUGCAUCUCGAAAUGACUAUUCCUACUGGCUUUCAACACCGGCUCCAAUGCCCAAGGACAUGGCUCCAGUUACUGGCAGGGCCCUGGAGCCUUACAUUAGCAGAUGCACUGUCUGUGAAGGUCCUGCGAUGGCCAUAGCCAUCCACAGCCAGACCACUGACCUUCCCUCCUGUCCUGAUGGCUGGAUUUCUCUCUGGAAAGGAUUUUCUUUUAUCAUGUUCACAAGUGCAGGUUCUGAGGGCGCAGGUCAGGCGCUGGCGUCCCCCGGGUCCUGCCUGGAAGAAUUCCGAGCCAGUCCGUUUAUAGAAUGUCAUGGAAGAGGAACGUGCAACUACUACUCAAAUUCGUACAGUUUCUGGUUGGCUUCAUUAAACCCCAAAAGAAUGUUCAGAAAGCCUAUUCCAUCAACUAUGAAAGCUGGGGAGUUAGAAAAGAUAAUAAGUCGCUGCCGGGUAUGCAUGAAGAGAAGACAAUGAAGAAAUAAAAAGAAAACAGAACUGUUCUUUUUUGUCCUAAAAGACCAACUAAUGGUGCAGAACAUGCAUUUAUUUGGGAAUUUUUCUCUAACCAAACAAUAUGGUUCUGUGAUGACUUAGUACAAAGUUUCUAUUUGUUUCCCCACACAACAAAGCAUUUCUUCUAAGUCAGUUAUGCCAUUCCCAUAUCUAAAUCUGCGCGCUUGUGAAGUUUCCUAUAGCAAGGCCGACUUGUCCAAAAAUACCACUGAAAUCAUAUUCCAUUUGUAUCUAAUGCACUAGCUCCAUGGUGAUUGUAUAAAGUCCGAUGCCACAAAGUAACUGGAUUCCUAAGACUUGCCCCCUUCUAUUCCAGUCUUUGAGGCUCAGGGAGGCUAAACCAGUUUUAGAUUGUGCCGCCAGCCGCUCCCUAAAACGUUAGCCCCUGGGACUGGAAGGAAUUGGGGGCAGGUGCGGUAACAGAGCUUCAUGAACUGGACUGGAUUUUCAGACCUGUUCAGCAACCUAAGGCCUGAGGAAACCAGAACUGAACUAAGGUUCAUGGAUAUUCUAGGGCUCUUUCAAAUGUACCCAAGACUAAGGCCAAAACGGGGUUUCAUAUUUUUUUAAAGACUUUUUUGUUUUUCCAUUGAAUUCACUUCACUGCAGCAAUACUGCUUGUGUUCAAAUUGUUACCCUUGCUGAAUUGAUUUUAAUAGGAUGUUAUACACAUACUCUGCCGUGUACCUAACUUCCUUUUUACCAGCUCACCCACACAAAUAACAAGGAUACUAUUUAUUUGAUGUGCACUUUAACCCCAUCCCUAUAGAUAUGGAGAAAACUUAAGACAUUUGUUGGCUAAUCAGGCCCAAAGUACUUUUCCUUUCCUGUGAUCCAUUCAUAUUUCAUUUAACCUGGGUAUUUCCAGGUGAAUUCCCUGGCUAUUUCUCUCAUUCUUUUUUUGUAAGUAAAAAAAAUGUGUUUUAUAUUACAUAUUCUUACCAACCAUGUUGAAAGAGUUGUGUAAAAAUCUUAAUGUAUAAAUUGUAUAGCUUGG